AGUCAAACCCCACGUAAUUUUUCUCAAAUCUAUGAAGCAAAUUAAUUGUGUCAUUGAUGCAGGUAAUAAUAAUGACGUUCUUAUCAAGCAAUAAGGGAUCCUGGUAAAAUCUUCAGAGAAAACUGUCCAUAGGAAAGAGAUCCAUGUUAUUAUAGAACAAAUCAUGUGUUGAUACGUCUUAAAAUAAUGAAAUGGAACAAUUAUAAAAAAGACGACGCAGGAGACGCUCUCAAAAUAAAACGCUUGCAGUUAGAUGUCCCCAGAUUGGUAGUUGUUAUUCAGAAUCAGUGCAAACUUAAUAGGUGUAAGUGAUUGUUUACAUUUAAAAUCAAAUUUGCAUAGAUGGAUCAACGGUUUACGGACACGAUGAAAGAACGGUCACGUAGAUCAAUAAGGAAUAAACGAUACAACAGAAGAGGCUUUUCAGAAGAUAAAAGACCGCCGAAAAGGCUCUUCACUCCCGAAAUCAAGAGGUUUUUGAAAGAUUGGUUGGUGAGGCGAAGAGACAAUCCAUAUCCAAAUCGAGACGAGAAGAAAACUUUGGCUGUUCAAACUGGUCUAACAUACAUUCAGGUCUGCAACUGGUUUGCGAAUUGGAGGCGGAAGCUCAAAAAUUCUGGUUCCGAACCACAGAGAAAAUCCUGGGGUUACUUAAUAAAAUCCUACAACAGGCAAGUUCAAGGAAACGUUGAGCACUUCAGCAUUUGUUCCGAGGACAGUAUUUGGGAAGAACCGGAACUGACUGCCAACAAAGAUCUCCAGAAGUACGAUGUGAAUCAACUAGUGUCUGAAAUAAAUGCGGUAAAUUUUAAAUCUUACACCGAUAAAAAGAGUCAGUUACUUUUCGACCAAAUACAAUUGCACAAUAAUAAUUGCCUAUCAUACGAAGAAGAGGAGAGGUACAACCCAUUCGCGCAAAACACUAACAAAUACAAGAAUCAUAUAAUAGAAAAGUACCUGCGCGAUUGUCAAAAGCCUGACAAUUACGGGGAGGGUUUCCUAGAAGACGAUGUUAAUAAGCCCUCCAUGAUUUCCAGGUGGUUGGAAAGCGCCGAAAAUUUUAAACCUAGCGAGAACAAUUACUUAAAUUGGACGCUCAUGAAUUCACAAAGGAGAAAAACGAAAAAGAGCGCAAAAAGUGAAGAGACCCACGACAAGGAAGAGCUGGAUGCCGCAGAGGCGCUAACCAGUUUGGCCAACGCCAACAACUAAAGCAUGUGAUAGAAGGAACGUCAUCACAGGAUUUUAUUGUGAUAUUGACUUUAGUUUCAGUGAUUUUAUAAGGUAUGAGUGAAAUGGAUGGAACACUAAACAUGAAUUGGUACUAGCACAGAUAUACUUCUCUGUGGUACUAGUGAUACUAGACUAUUAGUGUAGUUUUCAGCACAUUCUUUAAAAUUGUUGUGAAGAUGUACAAAAUUGAACAUAAAAUAAGUUUUGCUAAUAGACAAUUUUGACCACUUGGUUAUAGUUAGAUUUUCUUCUGGUGGUUGUGACUAUUAGAUUGGUCUGAGAGGCUGAGUUACUUUCGCAUAUUUUGUUGUUAGUGAUACUUGCAUUCAACCGUUGAUAACUAUGCUGAUAGCAGAUUCCUUUAAUAAAUGGUGAUGCAAAUUUGUCUUUUAUGAAUGGAAUGAUGAUUUUCUUACUCCAGUAUGUUAAAUGUAAUUCAAUAAAGGUGGGCUUCGCAGCUCAAUAGGACAAUGACUCGUGUACUUCCAUCUCAAUGUGAAUUCCACCAUAGUCUUGAUUGUCUGUAACUCUCGACACUUGAUUAAGUUUUGAACCAAUUAUUUAAAAAAAUGUUUGCUUUCUUUAC